GAAAAAACUAAAAAGAUUCGUAGAAUCUCUCACCGGCGUACGAGUACGAAUUCUUUACAUGCAAGAAAGAAACGCCGACAAUUAAUCAACCACCCAUCAGAAGCGAAACGUGGCAGCUAUGUCGCUCGAUUCAUGUCCUCCUCGUUUUCUGAUUAGAUUGACACGUUUAACUCUAUGCCUCCAUUUUUCACUUUAUUAUUCAGUGAGGUCAGCUUCGUUCUGUAACUCGGCAGCUAUUAUCAUUCGACCCGAUCGCUUUCUCGCUGACACCGAGACAUCCAUGGUUAAAAUGAUGAGACCUUUUAAGAAAUUAUUCAAAACCUUUGGAAACAAAUUCAAGGUUCAUUCAAAAUUUAUUGUUCAGGAUGGAGGGGAGAGUAACAAAUGUUCAGCUGAUGCUGCACCUUUUAAAUGCACAUUGAAGUUGCUAGGUGCUGGUUUUUUUAAUGAUGAAAAGGUGGUGGAAAUUGCUAAAGGUGCAGAGGAAUUUAAUCUGCCCAUUAGUGAAGCUAAUCGGAGACUAGUUGCUUCUGAGAAUGGAGGGUUGCAUAAUCCAUCUUGUUUAGUUUUUAAUCCGGAGUGGGGUAAUGAGCAUGUGAAAAAUGCUGAUAAAAGAUUUAAGUAUCCUGCUCUAUCUGGCAUACAGAAGCCUACGAGCGAAGAAGAUAUUGCAUUUAUGAGCGUGCUUGAAUUAGGAGAACUCAUUAGGACGAAGCAGAUCACAUCUCAGGAGCUUGUACGGAUUUUUUUGGAGAGAUUAAAGAGGUACAAUCUUGUUCUUGAAGCUGUUGUAAGUUACACUGACGAAUUAGCUUAUAAGCAAGCAAGAGAAGCAGAUGAAUUGCUUGCUAAAGGAGUAUAUUUAGGACCUCUGCAUGGGAUUCCGUAUGGUCUGAAGGAUAUCAUUGCAGUACCUGAAUACAAGACAACAUGGGGUUCUGGAACUUUUAAAGAUCAAGUUCUAAAUAUUGAAGCUUGGGUUUACAAGAGGUUGAAGUCUGCUGGGGCAGUUCUUGUUGCAAAGCUUGCUAGCGGAUCACUGGCAUAUGAUGACAUCUGGUUUGGGGGCAGAACAAGGAACCCGUGGAACAUUGAGGAAUUUUCAACUGGUUCAUCAUGUGGCCCUGCUGCCAGCACCUCAGCUGGUAUAGUUCCAUUUGCUAUUGGCUCAGAAACAACUGGCUCCAUCACAUACCCUGCAUCUCGCUGUGGUGUGACAGCACUGCGUCCAACUUUUGGUACCGUUGGUCGAACUGGUGUGAUGAGCAUAUCAGAAAGUCUGGAUAAGCUUGGCCCUCUCUGUAGAAGUGCUGCAGAUUGCUCGAUUAUUCUGGAUGUUAUUCGAGGGAAGGAUCCAGAUGAUCUUUCUUCUAGAGAAAUUCUUCUCGAUGAUCCAUUUUCUGUUGACAUUACGCAGCUUACUGUUGGAUAUAUGGAUGAUGCUGAAAUGGAGGUUGUACACGUACUCGAGAAAAAAGGUGUUCAUAUGGUUCCUUUCAAACUGAAUUACUCUGUUGACUCCGUCCAAGGUAUUUUAAAUUUCACCAUGGAUGUUGAUAUGCUGGCUCACUUUGAUAACUGGCAACGCAAUGGCCUGGAUGAUGCUUAUGAAGCUCAAGACCAAUGGCCCGUUGAGUUGCGUCGUGCACGUGUGAUUUCAGCAGUCGAUUAUAUGCAGGCACAAAGGGCCCGAGGAAAAUUAAUCCAGGAAGUAAAAAAGAGUUUCACAGUGGACGCAUUUAUCGGUAAUGUAACCGACUGGGAAAAAGUUUGCUUGGGAAAUCUAGUGGGUCUGCCUGUAAUUGUUGUUCCAACAGGAUUUAAAAAUAUAUCAAAUCCACCGUCUGAGGGAAGUCGAAGAAGAACCACUAUCACCACCGGCAUAUACGCUCGUCCUAGCCACGAUCACAUAGCUCUGGCAUUAGCAAUGGCUUACCAGUCAGUCACGGAUCACCACAAGCAGCGGCCACCGAUCGAUAAUCUCGGGCCAAGCGACAAGAUACCCGAUCCACCUACAGUGACUAUCCCUCCUAGGUUGUUGCAUCUGUAAAGGUUGUGCAAUCCCAGUUUGUUACAGGAUUGUUGUUGAUAUGGUCGUAGAAUGUAGUAUUUCUGUGCAAAGUAAGGUGGCUCAAAUCUGUAAUUAUAUUGUAAAUAUGAUGUGGGUUCAGGGUAAUAUUGAAGAAUUAUGCGUGUAGGGAAGUAAAUAAAAUAGGAUAGAUUAAGUGUUAAUCUACAGAAAAGAAAUGUAUAGCUUCAAGAUUCCUAUUUUGGGAUGUACAGCUGAAGGAAAUAUUCCUCUUGGUCUGCUUGUUAAAUCAAUGGUAAAGAAGAAUUUUCUUUCUUCUUUA